UUUUCCGGGGCCGCGGCCUCGCUUCAAGGAGGUCCUUUAGUCUAAAGAUGGCGGCCUCAGCAGCGAGGGGUGCUGUGGCUCUGCGUAGAAAUAUCGAUCGGUCGGUUGCUUUUGUGAGAAAAAUUCCUUGGACUGCGGCGUCGAGUCAGCUGAAAGAAUACUUUGCACAGUUUGGCCAUGUAAAAAAGUGUAUUGUACCUUUUGACAAGGAGACUGGCUUUCACAGAGGUUUGGGUUGGGUUCAGUUUUCUUCAGAAGAAGAACUUCAGAAUGCACUACAACAGGAAUAUCAUAUUAUAGAUGGAGUAAAGGUCCAGGUUCAAGCUAAAAGGCCAAAAGUUCUGCAAACAUCUGAUGAUGAAGAGAAAGAUUUUUGAGACUGCAGCCUAUUAAUAAAGUUAACAUAACUGAGAA